AUGGGAAAGAAUCGCCCACGUUACAACGAGAGGGCCAGAUCUUCAAGCAACAGAUCCUCUCGUCCACAUCCCAAUGCCAGAGAUGGAGGACGGAAAGCUACCAAGCCUACUCUCUUGGAGACAACUGACUCCAAUGCCGACAUUAUUGCGCCUGGACAGGUUGACGCGGAAGCGAUUGAGUUCAACGAGGAGGCUGCCCAACCACAGAUGAGCGGCAAGAAGAAGAAGAAAUUGGAAAAGUACAUCGAGAAAAAGCUGAAAAAGGAGGCGAGAGGCGAUCUAUUCAAGAAGAUCGAAGAGCAGGCAUGGUCGUCAGAUCUGAUGAAGUCUAGUCGAACCCUGGGACAGAAUAAGGAGACCAUGAAGCAGAAACUCAGGAGAGCACUCAACGAGCAGCGUCAGGGAUUAGAGCAGUCUGAUAAGAAUGUUCAAUUGUAUGCCAAGCCCAAGGACGACUAUGAUGAUGAUAACGGCGACGAUGAUGAUGGUAGCGAUGAGGAUGGUGAUGGCGAUCAGGAUAUGGGACCGGCUCCACCUGUUACGCCGGUGGUUACCAAGCCUGUGGCUGCUGGAAGUGCGUUGAAGGUCGGAUCAUCUAUCCUUGUCCGGAAAUCCACAACCAAGAAGCCUUCUCGGUUAGCUAUGAUUCGUGCACAAAAGGAGGCGGCCAAGCAGAAGGAACGUGAGAGCUCAUUCGACAGUUCCAACUCUGAGUACGAUUCUUCAUCAGAUGACGAGGAAGAGGACGACAAGAAGGAUGGCAAGCGCGGCGGCAGCGAAGACGAGAGCGGAGACGCAGGAGAGCCAGCAAAGAAGAAGAGACGUGGUUGGAUGACAGAUCUUGGAGGAGUUGCCACCAGUGCAGAGGGCGUGGAGGAGCGUAUCAUCUCCAGCAUUGAUGCCCUUCCCGAGAGGACUGGCGAGUAUGUAUCGAGUCGCGUGGAGCCGGAGAGGGAUCUUUUGGGCAACAGGAUCGAGAAGGUCGGUCAGCUGGAGGAAGGCGAUAUCGCUGAGGCGUUCCAUGUGCACGUUGACAGAGAUCCAGAGAUUCAAGAGAUGCGUUUGAAACUGCCCGUCUGCACCGAGGAGCAGCACAUCAUGGAGAAGAUCAUCUACAACGACAUUGUCAUCAUCAAGGGAGAGACCGGUUCAGGAAAGACAACUCAGGUCCCCCAGUUCUUGUACGAGGCAGGAUACGGAAACCCCAACAGCCCCAACCCUGGCAUGAUCGGAAUCACCCAGCCUCGUCGUGUUGCUGCUGUCUCGAUGGCCGACCGCGUCGCCAAGGAACUCAACCUCCCAGCAUCCAAGGUCUCGCAUCAGAUUCGAUAUGAUGCUACGACUUCGCCCGACACUGUGAUGAAGUUUAUGACUGAUGGUGUGUUGCUCAGAGAGCUGAACUCGGAUUUCCUUCUUCGCAAGUACUCUGCCAUUAUUAUCGAUGAGGCUCACGAACGCAGUUUGAACACGGAUAUCUUGAUCGGAGCUCUGAGUCGUAUUGUACGUCUGCGUAGGGAGGAGAGCAAGAAGGAUCGCGAGAACACCAAGCCGCUCAAGCUGAUCAUCAUGUCUGCCACUCUUGUCAUCGAGGAGUUUACCAAGAACGAGAGACUCUUUGGAAACCAGAAGAAGAGCAGCUCGAAGGCGGUCAAGGAUGCAGAGGCAGCGGAGGGCGGGGUGGAGGUUGAUGACGACGAGGAGAAGGCGCCCAAGGAGCUCGUGCCUGUUGUUAGCGUGGAUGUCAAGAAGAUCUACGGACUUACGAUGCAUUUCAACAAGAGGACACCCGAGGUCGACUAUGUCACGGAGGCGUUCAAGAAGGUCUCCAAAAUCCACUCGAAACUUCCUGAGGGUGCCAUUUUGGUCUUCUUGUCUGGACAGGCUGAGAUCACGGAGUUGGUCAAGAAGCUGAGGAAGAAGUUCCCUUUCAACAACCCCAACACCCCUCAUCUCAACAACAGCAACAAGGCGGAUGAUACCAAGAAGUCGCAGAGCGGCAAGCCUGUGGCAGAGGACAAGUCGGCAGCUCAGGAGACUGCUGGAACCGAGACGAACCAGGAGCUGGACCCCCGCAACGAGGAUGUCGAGUUGGAAGAUAUGGCCAUUGGUGAUUCUGAAGUUGUCGCUCAGGUGGAAGGUAUGGAGGAGGACGACGAGGCCUUUGACUUGGACGGAUCGGAUUCUGAGGAGGAGCUUGAUGCCGAUGCUGAGAUCUUGGAGGAGAUCCCCGAUGCAGGAAUGGCACCACUUCACGUCUUACCUCUGUACUCGCUCUUGAAGACCGAGGAGCAGAUGCGUGUCUUCCAGCCUCCACCACCAGGCUCCAGACUGUGUGUCGUUGCGACCAAUGUUGCCGAGACAUCCAUCACCAUCCCCAACGUCAAGUAUGUGGUCGACAGCGGAAAGUCCAAGGAGCGCCACUACGACAAGGAGACAGGAAUCCAGACCUUCCAGGUUGGCUGGACAUCUAAGGCGAGUGCUAUCCAGCGCGCUGGUCGUGCUGGUCGUACGGGCCAUGGCCACUGUUACCGUCUGUACAGUUCUGCAGUCUACGAGAACGAAUUUGUUACAGCGUCGGAGGCUGAGAUCCAAAAGAUGCCUAUUGAUGGUGUUGUCCUGCAGAUGAAGAGCAUGUACAUCGACAAUGUCGUCAACUUCCCCUUCCCUACGCCACCAAACCGUGAGGAUUUAAAGCAGUCGGAACAGCGUCUUGUUUACUUGAACGCAUUGGAGAACUCGAACAAGAAGAGUAUCACGGAGCUGGGCAAGACCAUGUCCAUCUUCCCUCUCGUUCCUCGUCUCGCUAAAAUGCUCACGCUUGCACAUCAGGAGAACUGCUUCCCCUAUGUCAUCGCCAUUGUCGCAGCCCUGUCGGUCGGCGAGGUGUUUGUCAAGGAGUUCCAGCUGGAUAUCUCUCGUCCCGGAGAGACCGACGACGAGAGCGAGGACGACGACGACGUAUCAAACAAGCGUUACCUUCUGGACGACAUGGACGAGAUGGAGCUCCGACACAUCACCAAUGAGAAAGUCCUCAAGAAGGAGAAGAGGAAGCUCACCCGGCGGAAGUUCUACAAGGCCCAGACUGUCCAUGAGGCUCUUGACCCCUUGAACGAUAUGGCCAAGGUCCUGAACGUCGUUGGAGCCUAUGCCCGUGAGACUAACAAGGAGAAGUUCUGUACGGAGAACUUUGUUCGCUACAAGGCCAUGCAGGAAAUUCACAUGCUUCGUGGACAGCUUACGAGGAUGGUUCAGGAUAGCUUUGCCAACAGUGCCACUAUUUCGGAUCUGGUGUUUGACCCGUACAUGGACAAGCCCACGACGCGCCAGUUGACGGCCAUCCGCCAGAUUGUUGCAUGUGCCUUCAUGGACCAGGUUGCGAUCAGGAAGGAUCUUGUCGGAGCUGUGGAGGCCAAUUAUUCCAAGAAGGCCAAGGCCGUCCCCUAUGUCACGAUGUGGUCCAAGGAAAAGGUCUAUAUCCACCCGAGCUCGGGACUGUUUGGGUUCAGCAUGGACAAGGCGCCGGCGAUGGUUGUAUAUCAGGAUCUUCAGAGGACUGUCAAGGCGGUCGAGAUCGAGUCCAAACCUUCAAAGAUCUACCUCAAGGGCUUGACAGUUGUUGACCCCAAGUGGAUGGCCACCCUUGCUAACGGCACCGGACUUGUCCGCGCCUCCAAGGAGCGCAUCAUUAAAAUCGAUGACAAGACACAAAAGGCGAUCACGGACAUCACAUACGGACCCCACUACUGGCCUUUGCCUCCGAUCGAGAUCUGGCAGCGGCGCGAGGGAGCCCGUCUGGUGCCCAUGUCCAAGGCCGAGGUCACGGCCAAGAAGGUCCAGAUCAGCCGGAAAGCCAACCGGUAG